CCUUCACUCACCCCGCUCUCUAUAUUCCAAUCCAUAUUUUUCUUCUUCUUCUUCUCCUACUUCCUCACUUUCCCUUCUAUCUCUUAUUAUUAUAAAUAAAUACUCUUAAUAAUAAUAAUUAAUAUUUCAUGUCCUGGACAAGAAUUCCUUUGACACAUAAAUCUGUAGACUGAAAAACAUAUUUUGAUUAUUAAACGAAACAGAAAUGAGAAAGGUUUAUACAAGGUUGUUCUUUUUCAUGUUCUUGUUCUGUUUUCUUCUUUUUAUUGUUCCUUCUUGUUCUGUUUCACCCCAAAACUUUCCAAUCAUACCCUUUGAUGAAGGGUACACGCCCUUAUUUGGAGACCAUAACUUGAUCAUUCAUUCUGAUUCCAAAACCGUUCAUCUCUCACUUGAUGAAUCAUCAGGUUCUGGAUUUGCUUCUCAUGAUCUUUACCUUCAUGGGUAUUUCAGUGCUUCAAUUAAGUUACCUUAUGAUUACACUGCUGGGGUUGUUGUUGCAUUUUAUUUAUCAAAUGGUGACAUGUAUGAGAAGAACCAUGAUGAAAUAGACUUUGAGUUUUUAGGAAACAUUAGAGGAAAAGAUUGGAGGGUUCAAACCAAUGUUUAUGGUAAUGGAAGUACAAACAUUGGCAGAGAAGAAAGAUAUGGUCUAUGGUUUGAUCCUGCUCAGGAUUUUCAUCAGUACAGUAUUCUAUGGACAGAUUCUAAGAUCAUAUUUUAUGUAGAUGAUGUUCCUAUCAGAGAAUUAAAGAGAACAGAGUCAAUGAAAGGAGAUUUCCCAUCAAAGCCAAUGACUUUAUAUGCUACCAUAUGGGAUGCAUCUAAUUGGGCUACCAAUGGUGGAAAAUACAAAGUAAAUUACAAAUAUGCACCAUAUGUUGCUGAGUUCACUGAUUUUGUCUUACAUGGUUGUUCAGUUAAUCCUAUUGAUCAUGUCACAACAAAUUGUGACAACACUGCUCAAAUUUCUGAUAAUGUUUCUUUUGGUGUAACACCAUUAGAAAAAAUCAAAAUGGAGAACUUUAGGUUGAAACACAUGACAUAUUCUUAUUGUUAUGACAGAAUAAGAUACAAAGUUCCUUUACCUGAAUGUGUGAUCAAUCCUCAACAAGAUGAAAGGCUAAGAAAAUUUGAUCCAGUUACAUUCGGUAAUGGUCGUCGGCACCGUCGUGGAAAGCGACACCACCGUGGCAAAGAUAACCAAGCAGAAGACGCUGCUUCAUUUUAAUAUGGUUCAAUAUAUAAUAUGAAGAUUUUUUUUUUGGUCAUAAAGAUAUGUUUAAUUUCAUCUUUCAUUUAUCUGGUUGACAAAUAUAUGUUGUCUUUCAUUUUGGUGUAUAGAGAUAAGAGGGUAUAAUAUAAUAUUUAUAUGAUUGUUGAUGGUCGUUUAUUACUUAUUGUAUAGUUCACCUCUUUAAAUUCCUUGCGUUUUUUUUUUCAUUUGAUGUGUGUUGGGUUUAACGAUGAAUGUAAAGUGUUGCUUAGUUGUAAUUUUAA